AUGUGGGUAGGGGAGAAAAAAUGCGCUAAGAUUAUUGAGAAUGUUUGGAAGUCUGAUAAUGGUGUUAGUUGUAAUAUGGAGGGUGUAAUGAGACUCAUUAAAGGGUGUGGUGAGCAGUUGGCUUGGUGGAACAAAACUUCUUUUGGACAUAUAAAAAGAGAGCUUGAUUCUGCUAGACAUAACCUUGAAAGCAUCCUAGCUACAGAUGGUGCGCAAUAUGACCCUGUUGGUUUAUUUAAAGCCCGAGAGAAUAUGCAAUUAUGGCUUGAGCAGGAGGAAAUGAUGUGGCGACAACGCUCUUGUGUGAAAUGGUUACAUGAAGGGGAUCAAAAUACUCAUUUCUUUCACUCCCAAGCUAAUAUGCGCCUGAAGAGAAACUGGAUAAAAUGUCUCAGAAAUGAGCAAGGCGCUUGGGUAGAAGGAGCACAAAGGAACGAUAUGAUUGUUGAAUUUUUCCAGCAUCAUUUUUUGACAUAUGGUUUGAGCGGACAGAAUGGUGUUUUAGACUCUGUGGAGAGGAGAAUAACAGAGGAUAUGAACCAGCAACUCACAAAGCCUUACGUAGUCGAGGAGGUGAAGAUGGCACUUCAACAAAUGCACCCAACCAAGGCCCCCGGACCUGACGGUAUGUCUCCACUCUUUUUCUGA